GCAUUACUAAUACGAAAUAUGGCGGGCAGGAGGAGGAAGGCGCGAAGCCCUUCAAACCUUUCAAACCCUUUUUUAUUCAAAACCUUACGCUAAAAACCACUGAAUUUCUUAUAUCAUGGAGGUGACAACUCUGGCUUUGUGGGUUCGUGCUGAACCGUUUGAUUCUGGCGCCAUUCAUAGCCCAUUACCCCCAAAACUAACGCUUCAUAAUCUGCACAAAUUGUGUAUCUACUCAAGGAGUAAAGGCAAAGCAGGCUUUCCUAGCAUCACCUAUUCUCUGUGGAAACAUGUGGCUUGUAACAAGCUGGGGAUAUCCAAUGAUCAAGCUUGGAUGUAUUUUGAAACAUUUGACAUGCUUACCCAAUCAAGCUUUAAGGAUUCCCGUACCUGGAAAAGACAGUAUCUACACUGCAAAACCCAAGAAGAAAUAGAAAAUUUGAGGGACUUGAUGUCAGUUGACACCUUGCAGUUCGUUCUAUUCUUAUUUAUUCAACAAAUUCAUAAAAUUUCCUUCAAGGCUUCUCUUGUGUCUGGAGGUGAAGAAUGGCCAACUCAUUCCAGAUCACCAGACUUGGAUCACAAAGGAUCAAUUGCCAUCAAGAGUCUUGAUGAACAUGACUAUAUGAUGUUCAUUCUUCAUCAUCUUAAUGAAAUUCUUGAACUUCUUAUGGAGCCAGAAUCCACCAUGAACUCAAACACAAGUGAAUCCUGUUUGACUCUGGAAGCUGUGGAUGCACUAGGAUUUUUGUUUGUAGGUACAGUGGAUAGCAAAAAAGUCCAACCUCUUGAAGAGCUGGCAAGGAUACAAUCUGAAACAAGUAAAAGUGGCUAUUCUAAAAUCUGCAGGACAUUUUCAUUCCGUGAUUUCCAGAGUUGGUUAAGAUCUAAUUUGCAGAUCAAUCCAUUUGGAGUGUCAGUAAUCCUGUCACAUGGUAGUAAGCACAAAGAUAUUUUGAGCCUCAGUGAUACGUUUGAUGAUCACAGCAUAGUAAAGCACAGAGAAUCAGAUAACAAGGACCCCUCACUUAAGGGAAGGAUCAUGAGUAACAUUAUCUAUGCACCAAAGAACUUAAAGCUUGUCAUCAUGUCUCAAGUUUGUAAACAGACUGUUGCCAAGGCUAGCGACAUCUAUGCUGGCAGUGAUGUCAAAAUACACAGAUGUCAUUACUCAUACAUAUAUAUCUUGUGUCCACUAAGGUCAGUGACAGUACAAAAAUGUCACAAUUCUACAAUAGUUCUUGGAUGUGUCAAGACAUUGGUCAAUAUUAUUGCCUGUGAGAAUGUGACUUUUGUCAUGGUCUGUAACAGGGUGGCCAUCAGUGGAUGUGUAAACUGUACCUUCCACUUAUGUUGUCCUACCAGACCAUUGAUCCUGACUGGUAAUGAGAACCUCACCUUGGCACCUUAUCAUACCUUCUAUCCCAAGCUGGAGGAACAUCUGAAGAGUGAAUGGGGAGUGAUUACGACUACUAAUGAAUGGAAUAGACCUUUGCUGUUAGGUAACGGUCAUUCAGAGAUUCUUGAAGUUCAGGACCCACCAGAUGUAUAUCGUGAGCUGCCUGUACAGGAAUUCUUUACCUUCAACAUACCAUUCAGUAUGAAAGGAUCUACUGAGGCAUCACCCAUUCCUCUACCAAAAAAAUAUGAAGACGCUUUGCAGGAAAGGGAAAAUGUAAUUAACAACUGGUAUCAAAUGGUCAAGAACUUGAGUCUUAACAAACCACAAAGACAACAGUUACAAAGUGUUGUCCAAAACAGAUUUCAGGAGUGGUUAGCUGACAGCAACGAAGCCAGUCAACUCAAUGGCCUGGUUCCAUCGGCACAUACAAGCAAGCAUUGAUGAUAAACAAAGUUGCACAUGACAUUCUUAAUCACGGUAGGGCAUUUAUACACAAACACUCUAAAGCAACCAGCUAAACUAAGAAGAAAGACAUGAAAAAAUAUUACCGUUGAUUGCCAGCAAAAAAAUUAGUAGGUCUUCCUUUAUACUCUCCUACUUUUGGAGCAAUAAAAGAAAUACAAAAAUAUAGUCAUGGGCUUCCUGUGGCAUAUUUUAACUUGAA